AUGUCUCCGGCGAUUCCCGCGCCUCCACCUCCUCGCAGCGGUCCGCCAUCGGCCAUGGCACCUGAAUCAUCUAAUUUUCAAGCUCAACGGUAUCAACCGUAUUCAACGCUACAGCAUCGUAUAACAAAAGGGAGAUAUAUUACUAGCAACGAUCCUCGAGGCUAUGUUACUAAAUGGAUGUGUCUAAUAGGUCAAUGGAUCAUGAUGGACGUCGAUGACGGCUAUGUCCUAUGGACUGGUAUUUGGAAGGCUUUGGGGAACACUAAAGCGGACAUAGUUAAGAUGCUUGAAUCCCAACCAGACCUUGCCCCCCAGCUUAGAAGGGUUCGAGGUGGCUACUUGAAAAUCCAAGGCACUUGGAUGCCCUUCGAGGUUGCACUCAAGUUGGCCCGCCGCGUUGCCUGGCCGAUCCGCGAGGAUCUGGUUCCACUGUUUGGACCAACCUUCCCAUCGACGUGUUUGUCACCAGACCAACCGGGUUACGGUCAGGUUGUCGCUACCUCGGGCAAGCGCAAGAGCCGGAGGACUGUGCAACCGCCUGCAUUGCCUAUCCACAACCCACCAAACCCUCCUCGUUCGUUGGCAUACCAUCCUGAGCCCCAGUGGUAUGGCUAUCCAAGCCAUGGAAAUUACCGUCCAGCGUCCUCACCGUCUUGCCCUCCAUCUACUUAUGAUCGGUACCAUCAGGAAGCACCGCAUUAUCCUCAUGUGUAUUCCGAGAGGCCUAAGUCCAGCUACAAGGAAGGUGGUGGCUCUCCCAUCCGUGAUAGGCACGCACAGCAUUCUCGGUACUCGCCAUACCCUUCGGCUCAUCCACCUCCUCGGCGUGAUUAUGCCGGAUCUCGCGAGGCAUAUGGAUCCCGGUCACAAGCAGCUGAAUAUGAAUAUCUACCGUCCAAUCAUACACUGCAAAGUCGCUCUUCGGACUCCAAUCUCCGGCGCGCGCACGACCCUCAUGAGCGUCUGACACUACCACCGAUUUCAGCACUCGCUCCGAACCUUCCUUCCCCUCGAGGCGCAUUCACUCUACCUCCACUGGUGGCACCGUCAGUGAGCACAACACGGGCCAGUGGAUCUUCUGAUAUCCCAGUCCUUGGGCGUAUGCGCAUGAGUUCGACUGAUGAUUCGGAUGAUGCGCCUCGGCCACCUCCUGAGGCGUACUUCCAGCAGAGGCGCUCAUCUUCGGCGCCUCCAUUGCACCUUGGACCUAGCCGGUACCAACCGCCGGGGCUCACGACCCGACAACACCGGUCAGAUAAUUUCGCAUGGUCAUCCGUCCGCGGCGGACCUGCGACUUCCCCUCCUCCUUCAGCUUCUAAUUCCACACAUGGAGACCUGUCGACGAAUGAACAUUCGCCGGUCUCUCCUCGAACACCCUACGGCUCGGCCUGGGAGUCGCGCAUAAACGGACACCCUGUCUCUGGCACUUCUUCUCGUCGCUUCAGUGAACACUAUGGUGGUCCUUCCCGCGAUCCCUCGAGAUCACCCGAGAUCGCUUCUCGUGACCCCGACGAAGGGCGCAGGUCCCCACCUGACCUGCCCAGCAGCCAAGCUAACCCAGCAAGAGUUGGUGGCUGUGCAGUUAUGAAAUACCAUAUGUUAAUUCCUGAGUUGACACCUAUGGACACAAUCGAGCUCCAACCACUGCCGUCUUCCAGACCUUUUGCGGACGACGACUGGCCACAACAUCGCCACGCUAUGAAGUUUAGCAACUCUCUCAAAUUCAAUGCAAAUGCAGAGUGGUGGGAAGAAUACAUUGCGUAUUCUGCUCUUAAGAAACAAAUAUAUACUCUCGAAUCCGAGCUUCCUGUUCCAGGCCAAUCUCAGGACGCUGAACGCGGAGAACGAGCCGCUCUUCUGGGUGGCGAGCACCAUCGCCAGGCUGCCAACGCCAUUUUCCAGCCGCUUCUUGAUGCUGAGCUAGCCAAGAUCAAUACCUUUUAUGAUAUCCAAGAGAAGGAGCUGCUGUACGAUGUCGCAGAGCUAGAGCAGCUUGUUGUCAGAACUGAAGAAGAAGGCAUUAACAAUGGACAUGGUGGUAUUGAUUCUGACGACGGUAGUGAUGAAGAUGAAGACGAAGACGAGACCCGGAGUAACGGAGGUAUCCCUUCAGUCGAGAGGCAUCGCUCAGGCUCUCAAAGUCAUGCACUGAGCAAUAGUCGCACAUUAAGCAAUUCUGUAGUCGAUGAGCCAAUAUCCGCAACCCGUCCAGAUCCAACUCCUUUGACUCAUUCAGUCCUCCGGGGCGGGAACGCAGACCUCGAAGCUAGUAUAGCGUCCUUACGGGGACCAGGUUCAGACAGUGGGGUAUCGCCUCAUUCGCAGAACCAACGCCGAAGAGCGACUAGUUUAUCUACUCUGCAUCCAAAAACACCACUUGCCACCCUGAUUCGGCUCGUGAAGCCCGGAAAUGCUUCUAACGCACCAAUUGUUGGAGAAACUAUCUGGCAAAUGCGCUCCCCGGCAGCAAUAGACCUACAAAUGCUCUUCAAGCGCCGAAUCACAACUCUAUACAUAUCUUUGACAUCUCUCAAAUCUUAUGUGGAGCUCAAUUAUACCGGAUUUAGAAAGAUACUCAAAAAGUACGAUAAAAUAACUUACAACGAGCUCAAGGACCAUUACAUGCACAACAUCGUCGAGAAAGCUGCUCCGUUUACUCAACAAUGCAAAGAUCGCUUGAGAAAUGCCAUUAGCCGAACGAUCAGUCUAUACGCGAAAUGUGUUACUCGAGGGGAUAUCUCUGCUGCUCUACGGCAAUUGCGUGUGCACCAACGGGAGCACAUCGUCUGGGAGCGAGACACGGUUUGGCGCCAGAUGAUCGGUAGGGAGCGUCGAGGCGAAGGGGCCGAUGGUCGGGUCAAAGCACUCGGACUUGGACAUGUUGAUUCCCAGGCAGAACCCCUGCUAACAGCGUUUGGCCUGAAACUUACCAAAAGAAAGCUCGUACUGUUGCUGGCAAUUCUUUUAUUCGUCGUACUCUUGAACGUACAUAUGGUUGAGGGAAAAGAGGCAAACAGAUGCCUUGCCAUUUUAAUAUUUGCUACGGUUUUAUGGGCUACUGAAGCAAUUCCACUGUUUAUUACAUCUAUGGGUGUUCCUCUUUUGGUAGUCUCCUUGCGCGUUAUUCGAGGACCGGCGCCUGAAAGUAGGCAAUUGAGUGCGGAAGAAGCGACCAAAUACAUUUUCUCUUACAUGUUCUCUCCAACAAUUAUGCUUUUAAUCGGAGGGUUUACAAUUUCAUCUGCUCUUUCCAAGACUAAUAUCGACCGAGUCCUCAUCACUCGUGUUCUUAGCAUUGCAGGUACAAGGCCCAGUGUCGUCUUGCUUUCUUUUAUGGCAGUGUCGUGCUUUGCGAGCAUGUGGAUCAGUAAUGUUGCUGCGCCGACACUGUGCUUCACCCUCAUCAAGCCCAUACUACGGACAUUACCUCAAGGAUCCUCUUUUGCACCGUGCCUCAUUUUGGCCAUCGCAUUAGCUGCCAAUAUCGGAGGUCAAAGCUCGCCUAUCUCGUCUCCUCAGAAUUUAAUCACACUCCAGUACAUGGACCCGCCGCUUGAUUGGCUUCAAUGGUUCGCAGUUGCAAUUCCCGUAUCGGCACUCACAAUCUUUGUGAUCUGGCUGCUGUUAUUGGUCUCGUACAAACCUGGCUAUGCUCCCGAUGGUACUGAGCUUAGAAUCAGGCCGAUUCGACCGACUAAAGAAAGCUUUACGCUCAAGCAAUACUGGGUUUCCAUUAUCGAUCAUAUCUUCGGUGACAUGGGAGUAAUUGCUAUAAUUCCCAUUGUCGCAUUCUUUUCGACCAACGUGCUCAAGAAGGAGGACUUCGAACAAUUCCUGUGGACAAUUGUCUUUUUGGCAAUGGGAGGCAUUGCUCUCGGGAAAGCCGUCGUUUCCAGUGGUCUUCUAGCCACUAUGGAUGACGGGAUUGUUUCUACUUUCAUCAGUCAUACCAUCGCCAGCGUUCUUCUAGUGCCGAUCGCUGCGGAGGUCGGGUCCAAUCUCCCAGACCCUCAUCCACGGCUUUUGGUUUUCAUCACUGGCCUGAUUUGCUCUGCUGGAAUGGGCAUGCCGGUCUCUGGAUUCCCUAAUCAGACCGCGGCUACUCAAGAGGAUGAGAUGGGCAAGGUCUACCUUUCCAAUACCGAUUUCCUAAAGAAUGGUGUCCCUGCCAGUGUCGUCGCCACGAUGAUUGUCGCUACCGUCGGUUACACCCUGAUGAGGGUGGUUCUCGGGUAUGCUGCAUUUCUUCGCGCUAUCCAAUCGAAAGGUAGUCUAACCAUAAUUUUGUAG